AUAUGACAAAGAACGGCGGGUUCCUGUCGCGGCAUCCGAUGACGGCGACAUCCUCGCGACGACGAGCGGAACGCGGCACAGCUGAUCGUCGCCGUUAACCGCCGCCCGUCGGCGGCCGCGUCGUCGCGUCGUAACGUUUCUCCCGGUGCGGCGACGGGGCGACAGGAAGAUCGGAGACAGACAGAAAGAAAGAGAAAGUGUGCGUGUAUGUGUAUGUGCGCGUGCGAAUUCGCGUGGGUGUUCUCGGUCAGAGCGCGACUCGGGGGGUCGGAAUCGAAGAUCGACGUGGUCGCGUCCGUGGUGCUGCUUCGUGGUGCCACCGUCGACGUCGUCGACGCCGUCGUCUCCGCAUCCGUGGUGAUAUAGUGGUGAUAUAGCGCGGCGCAGCGGGGGAGCCAUGACUACGCGUGGAGAAUGGGCUCGAUCGCGUCGGUGCUGCAGUGGCAUUGCUCGGAGUGCGCCCUGAUAAAUCCGACGGAGAGCGCGAGAUGCGCCAGGUGCGGGCUGACGCGGCUCAGGAGCGACGAGAGGGUCGGCAGUCACGACGACCGUGCCUCGACGAUCGCCGCGGAGCGUAGCGGAAGCGCGCGGCAGGAGGGCGCGGGGGCGCGCGAGCGACGGUCGACGAGGGGACGCGAGGACGGUGAGUGCCCGCGGGCACUGGUGUCGUCGUCCACCUCCGGGGAAUCGACGCCGCCGACGCCGCCGCCGAGGACGGAUAAAUUGGCGGCGCGCAACCCGACGGAUACGUCGCUACCCGUCGGCCAGCGCGGCGAGUCCCGACGCGCUGUUACUAACGGUUCCGAGAGAUAUUUGUCUGCAUGCGAAGUUAAGAAAAAUUUACAUUGUGGUUCGUGGAAUGGCAGCUCAUCUGAGAGGAUACCACUGAAACGUUUUUCAUCUUUACCUUCUUUAAUCACACAAUGGACUUGUAUUCGAUGUCUGUUGGACAAUAACUGCAGUUCAUUGAUUUGCGCGGCUUGUGAUGCCAGUGCGUCAAUAGCUCAAAUCGAUGGAAAGAAGAUUGGUGCACGCAAGAGCAAAAAGAUUAAUCUACAUAAAGAAAAUCGUCUUAAAAUCACCUCUGGACUUUUGACAAAUAUCCUAGAUGUGAAUGCUAGUACGAACGGUUCCAAUAAUAAUGAUAAAAUUAAUAAUACAGGCAUGGCACAGUUGACAAGCAUAAGUCGAAACGAAAGACAAAGAGUGGACCAUAAAGACUGGAUUUUACCAUCAAUUGGAGCAAUGGAGUCCACUGCGCUUCCGUUCACAGAUACCGAUACCUCUCAACGCUCUCCGAAACGGCACAGUCCUUCUAUGUAUGAACGGGUCAAGUCUAAAGUCAGUCGUUCGUUAUCGAACGGUUCCGUUGUUCAAAAAUUAUCGGAACAUGUGGUACAAAGACCCACGAGUCUAGUGGUACCGGAAACGCGUCAGGAUGAUGGCUUAUGGAGCUGUGACAAUUGCACGCUGGACAAUGCGCCCGGUUUGGAACAGUGCGAGGCGUGCGACGCUCCUAGGAGCCCCGCGCCCUGUAGCGGAGUGGUUAUUAGCGUGCCAGCUUGGGUACCGCGCGCACUAUCGUCCGCGGGGCCCCUAUCCUACAGAAGAUCCUUCUCCGACGCCGAUUCCGUCGCGAACGUGACGCAGAAGAAGACUGUCAAUCGUAGAAGUUUAAACGACGAGGAACCGCCCGCGGUGCCGCCACAUUCCAUCGGCUUCAACUCGAGACCAAAGUAUUCCUACAUCGGGAUUACGGAUCCCGAUAUACCGCCGCCAUUGCCAAAGAAACAGAGCAGUAAGUUAGGUCUGGUGCCGACGAAGGCGCAUAGCGAGGCGACCAGUCCGGUGGGCGAUGUACCGAACAUGAGUCCGCUUAAGCGUAUGUGGACAUGCAGAAAGUGUUCUUACGCGUAUAAUCCGUUGUGGUCCAGCGGUUGCGAUAUUUGUGGCUCGUCCAGGUCGCCCCCAUCGUUGACGCAACCCAGCUUGAUAACCGUCACAAAAGACACGAGUAGCUACCCGACGCACGCACAAUCGCCGAUCGUGGUGUCGAGAGACAGUGUCAGAUAUAUACCACCGAAGUCAGCCACCCUGGCCACGGCGGAAUCCGAUUUAGACGAUCAGAUCGAUCCACCGUCGCCGGUAUGGACGUGCAAAAAGUGUACUCUACUGAAUGCCGCGUCGAGAACGACAUGCGAGGCUUGCUGCGGCUCGAAGCUGAAGAGCAUCAUGCAUUUGGAAGAUGCCACUUUGCGAAAAGGCGAGAGCUGGGUAUGCCCGUCGUGCACGCUGAGGAAUCCGCUCUCGGCACAAAACUGCAACGCCUGCAAGACUUUGGCAGACUUUCUGGAAGUUCCGAAGGAUAAUAGAGCUCUAGGUCAACGGAGUCCAAGCCCGAGGCUCUGCUCGACCCCGACGAAUUCCAAAGCGGUUACCCCGAGGCAUAGAAAUUCUGUAAGAAGAAACGGUUCGUCAGCAGCUGACAAAAGGCACUCGAGGACCAGAGAUUCUUCGCAUGCUCAAUGGCAAUGUAAAUUGUGCACGUACGAAAACAAGAGUUCGACUGUUGUUUGCGAAAUGUGCCAAAGCUCAAAAUCGCUGUCUCAAGUAUCUGGAGAUAGAGGGAUAUCUAGGCUCCUCGAAUCAGGCACUAGUACUCUUAGAAUACAGCGGCAAGAGAGCGUGGUGAUGGAAAAUCUCAGGCAGCUAGAGGAAAGAGAAGCGCUAGAAAAAUGGGAGCGCAUUGUUCGAUAUUGCAAAGAGACAAAUGAGCCGUUUGUUGACGAUUCGUUUCCUCCUGCUCCGAAAUCCUUGUACUAUAAUCCCGCGGAUACAAAGGAUAAUCACGUUGUCCAAUGGAGAAGGCCACACCAAAUUAACGUGGACUCAAGUGUCGAUUCUAAACUGCCUUGGGCUGUCUUUAGGACACCCUUACCCUCUGAUAUCUCGCAAGGUGUCUUAGGAAAUUGUUGGUUACUAUCGGCUCUGGCUGUUCUCGCCGAGAGUGACGAGCUCGUAAGAAGAGUUCUGGUCAUGAAGGAGACAUGCCCCGAGGGUGCUUACCAAGUUAGACUGUGUAAAGACGGAAAAUGGACGACGGUGCUUGUUGAUGAUCUAUUACCCUGUGAUAAGAGAGGUCACUUAGUGUACUCUCAGGCAAAAAGAAAACAACUUUGGGUGCCGCUAAUUGAGAAAGCAGUCGCUAAAAUACACGGCUGUUAUGAAGCCUUGGUAUCCGGCCGUGCUAUAGAGGGUCUAGCGACAUUAACUGGUGCCCCGUGUGAGAGCGUGCCUUUACAACCUUCAGCAUUGCCAAGCGAAGACGAACUCGACAAGGACCUAAUAUGGGCACAACUCUUGUCCUCAAGGCAGGCUAUGUUUUUAAUGGGUGCUAGCUGCGGAGGAGGUAAUAUGAAGGUUGACGAAGAAGAAUAUCAACGCAAAGGUUUAAGACCAAGGCAUGCGUAUUCUGUCCUCGAUGUACGCGAUGUACAGGGAAUACGGUUGUUACGAUUACGCAAUCCUUGGGGUCACUAUAGUUGGAAAGGGGAUUGGUCGGACGAUAGUCCUAUAUGGACUUUGCAAUUACGAGAGAUGCUUAUGCCGCAUGGUGCUUCGGAUGGCGUCUUUUGGAUAUCCUUCGACGACGUUCUAAAGUACUUCGAUUGCAUUGACAUUUGUAAGACAAGAGUCGGAUGGAGCGAAGUGAGAUUACGCGGCACUCUUCCUCCAUUGUCGUCUCUCAGACAUUUGUCGUGCGUCCUUUUAACAGUAUUGGAACCCACCGAAACAGAGUUUACGCUGUUUCAAGAGGGUCAAAGAAAUUCGGAAAAGUCGCAACGUUCUCAAUUGGAUUUGUGCGUCGUAGUCUUUCGUACAAGAUCUCCGGCCGCUCCGGAAGUUGGUAGACUAGUGGAGCACAGUAAGCGGCAAGUACGUGGUUUUGUCGGCUGUCACAAGAUGUUGGAGAGGGAUCUGUAUAUCGUUGUGUGCCUAGCUUUUAAUCAUUGGCACACUGGGAUGGAAGAUACGUCCAGUUACCCAGAAUACGUUCUCGCCAUUCAUAGUUCAAAGAGGCUUCUGGUCGAACAGAUAUCACCGCCUGCCUUUGUCUUAGCUGAUGCUAUUAUAAGUUUAACAUUAGCUAAAGGACAACGGCAUGAAGGUAGAGAAGGCAUGACCGCUUAUUAUUUAACUAAAGGAUGGGCCGGUUUAGUUGUAAUGGUCGAAAAUCGUCAUGUGAACAAAUGGAUUCACGUAAAAUGCGACUGCCAUGAAAGCUAUAACGUCGUGUCCACAAGAGGACAACUCAGAACUGCCGAUAGUGUUCCCCCUCUUCACAGACAAGUCAUCAUAGUUCUAACGCAAUUGGAAGGUAGCGGAGGUUUCUCAAUAGCACAUCGACUUACGCACAGAUUAGCUAACAGUGGAAAUUUGCACGAUUGGGGACCGCCUGAUACACAACAUUGUCCUCAAAUUGACACUCAGGUGGAAGGUUUGCACAGUCCUCGCUUAAUAACGUGAAGUAUAAAAUACGGACCGAAUGAAGGCUGAACAUUACCGGAGGAAAGUAUUGUUAAGUGUAAUCGGGAAUGAAUCUCGGAACGUCGAGAGAAUUGACUGAAAAAAACCAAAGCAAGCUAGAAACAUUUCAGCAUACUGUAAGAUGUUCUGAAGACAUUAGAAAACUCUUCGUGCUUUCUAGCUGAUAAUACUCCACGGAUGCUCUUAGCGUUGCAACGUGCUCAGCAUUGGACGUAAUACAAUAAGUAACAAUUAAUGUACAAUGGUUCUGGACCCAGUGAUUUAAAAAAAAAAAAAAAAAAAAAAAA